AUGGACGCUAGUGGCAGCGAAAAGCUCAUCUGGACGACUAACAAUGACGUUUACACCGCCAGUGUCAAGGGGGUGGUGACGGAGAUGGGUCUCCAGGACGGCGAAAAACUGCCGCUUGUUUCAAAAGAUCUAGGAAGCUGCGAAGUAUACCCUCAAAAGGUACAGCACAACAGCAACGGCCGCUACGUAGUGAUUUGCGGUGACGGCGAGUACAUCAUCUUUACGGCAACAGGCACCGGCGACUACGUUAUACCCUCGUUGUGCUUGCUUGCGAGUCGAGUUUUCGUGCUGCGGUACAACAAGGAGGUAGUGGCAUGCUCUUUUGCUGCUGGCACGAACUCGCCUGAUGAAGGUAUUGAUGGCGCCUUUGAUUUGCUCCACGAAAUCUCUGAGAAGAAUGGCACGGGCCCCUAG